AUGCUCUUAUUGCUGUUGCUCGCUGUGCUCGGCGUUGCGGCGCUCGACCCGAUCGUUGCGCGCGGCAACCGCCUCUACAACGCGCGCACGGGCGUCCGCUUCGUCAUGCGGGGCAUGACGUACGAGGGCGACGUGAGCGACGACCACUACGACGAGUUUGUGCGCGAGACGCUCGAGACGUCGCUGACGGACCUCUUUGGGCACUUCAACACGUUUCGCCUCUACAACAUCAACCCGGAUCGGUCCUACGCCAAGUUCAUGGCGCACAUGAACACCCGGGGCAUCUACGUGCUGCCGUCGGCGUCGCCGACCAACAACAAGUACUACGGCUCGUAUGCGACGCAGACCAUGGACCGGACCGUCGACGGCGAGUCCUCGUACACGAGCAUCGACCACAUUGUCAAGCCGCUGGCGCCCAAUUCGAAAAGUUGCUACCCGACCUACUUGCUCUACUAUGGCAAGCGCAUCAUCGAGAACUUUGCGCAGUACGACAAUACGCUUGCGAUCGUCAUUGGCAACGAAGUGCUGCAGCUCGACCUCACGGCCGCCGCGUGCGUCAAGAGGUACGCGGCCGACCUGAAAGACUGGAUGGGCGUCAACGUCAAGAAGCUGCGCACCAUUCCGUUGGCGUACUCGGCCGCGGACGGCGCGUACACGGAGCUCGUGAACGGGGUGCUCAAGCAAGUGCUCUCCGCGACCGCGUACCACGCCAUCAAGAUCCAAGGGCUUCUCUGCGGCGACACGAUGGUCCACGGCGUGAUGACCAAGAGCAUCGACAUGUACAUGAUCAACGAAUACCGGUGGUGCAACAAGAACACCUUUAACGAGGCCUACAAGGAGCUGCUCGGCCUCGCGCAAGGUGUCCCGAUCGUCUUGGCGAUCGGCGAAUUCGGUUGCGCGACGAAGCGCCCGCGUACGUGGGAUAUGGUCCCGACCCUCUUCUCCGAGUCAUUGACGUCCAAAGGCUGGACCGAUGUGUACUCGGGCGGCUUUGCGUACGCGUUUGGGGAAGCUUCGCUGCCGCGCGACAGCAUCUUCCCACUCUUUAUCGGCGCGGCCGACACGGGCAUCACGACCAAGCCGGGCACGACGCCGACGCCCGACUACGCCAACCUGCUACAGCAGUACACGAAGGUGGUCACGCCGUUGGCGCCGGCAGAAUUUGCGCCUCCGGACGUCUGCUCGUUUGCACCGACGCUGACGGCGGUGCCCACGAUGCCGGCGGCGGUUGCGGCGACGUGGAUGCCGUCGU